AUGACGACACCUACUAAGCCAGCCAAGUGGAACCUGGAGCUAGAAAUAGAGUUCAUCGCCCUUGUCCGCACAGUUGCACGUGUACCAAGGUUCAGAGCAGCUGGUGGUAAGAGCCUCCGUGCCGAGGGCUGGAGAGAUGUCCUCAAGGGCAUGCAUGCAUGGGAGCCAUCAAUCAAGUCCAAGGACCAGCUCAGCAACAAGUGGAAGCGACUCAAGACCGACUACACUGAUUACCACUUCCUGGUCACGUGCUCGGGAUACGGGGGUGGCUUUUUGGACGUACAUUGGUCCCUCGACACGGCUCCAUUGACUGGCAUUGACGAUGUUUUCGGCGGCGACGGCGGCGUUCUUGGCGAACGUGCUGGGGACGGGAACGACGGCGAUGAUGCUGAACCGCCAUUUGCUAAUAUCGAUGAAACCAACGAACGUGAUGUCGACGCGGCUAAUGUUGAUCAAGACUUAGCUCGGCCGGGUGACAUGGCGUCGGCAAAGCGUCGUGCAGCUAUCCUCAACAAGCUCAAGCAAAACAGGAAGCAGAAGUCCAUCGACCAAGAUGACCCCACCCACCUGCUACGUGUGGAGGCAACGACUGCAAUGACGAAAAUUAGCAACUCCUUGGGUGAUCUGGUGCAAGUGUUUGCAGCACGCCAUUCGCAGUAG